UGGGGGGAGGACGGGGGCAAGCAGGCCAAGGCCUGGCCGGGGGCGGGAGCAUGGAGCCAUCUGGGUCCCAGCGCCGUCAGGGCGAACAAAGCUGGUGGGGCAGUGCCCCCCAGUACCAGUACAUGCCCUUCGAACACUGCACCAGCUACGGACUGCCCUCGGAGAACGGGGCCCCCCAGCACAGGCACCGGAAGCACGCGGGCCCCUUUCCCAACUCCCACCCCCACCAGGUCUAUGGCCAUGACAAGGAGCAGUUCUCGGACAAGGAGCAGGACACGGCGACACCCAAGCGGAUGGGCUCCAGUGCUACCAUGGACAGCACAGAUGAGGACCACUGUUCUAAAUGCCAAGACUGCCUCUGCCGCCUGGGACGCGUGGUGAGGAGGAAACUGGGGGAAGACUGGAUCUUUCUGGUGCUCCUGGGACUGCUUAUGGCUCUGGUUAGCUGGAGCAUGGAUUACGUUAGCGCCAAAACCCUUCAGGCCUACAAGUGGACCUACCACCGGGUGCAGCCCAGCCUGCCGCUGCAGUACCUGGUCUGGGUCGCCUUCCCACUGAUUCUCAUCCUGUUCAGCGCCCUCUUUUGCCACCUCAUCUCGCCCCAGGCUGUCGGCUCUGGGAUCCCCGAAAUGAAGACGAUCCUUCGUGGGGUCAUCCUGAAGGAGUACCUCACCCUCAAGGCCUUCAUGGCGAAGGUUGUGGCACUGACGGCAGGGCUGGGCAGUGGCAUUCCCGUGGGGAAGGAGGGCCCCUUUGUCCACAUUGCCAGCAUCUGCGCGGCCGUCCUCAGCCAGUUCAUGUCUGUGCUUUCUGGGGUCCACGAGCAGCCGUACUAUUACACCGACAUGCUGACGGUGGGCUGCGCUGUGGGAGUCGGCUGUUGCUUUGGGACCCCCCUUGGAGGAGUGCUCUUCAGCAUCGAGGUCACGUCCACGUACUUUGCUGUGCACAACUACUGGCGAGGCUUCUUUGCAGCCACGUUCAGCGCCUUUGUUUUCCGCGUUCUGGCCGUGUGGAACAAGGAUGCCGACACCAUCACCGCUCUCUUCAGAACCAAUUUCCGGAUGGAUUUCCCCUUUGACCUGCAGGAACUCCCAGCCUUUGCUGUCAUCGGGAUUUGCUGUGGGUUCCUGGGAGCUGUGUUUGUGUAUCUGCACCGUCAAGUCAUGCUGGGUGUCCGAAAGAACAAGGCCCUCAGCCGGUUUCUUGCUAAGCACCGCCUGCUGUAUCCCGGAAUCGUCACCUUUGUCAUCGCCUCGUUCACCUUUCCACCAGGAGUGGGUCAAUUCAUGGCUGGAGAGUUGAUGCCUCGCGAAGCCAUCAGCACCCUGUUUGACAACAACACGUGGGUAAAACACAUAGGUGACCCCGAAAGCCUGGGCCGGGCGGCUGUGUGGAUCCACCCACAGGUCCACGUCGUCAUCAUCGUUCUCCUCUUCUUCAUCAUGAAGUUCUGGAUGUCCAUCGUGGCCACCACUAUGCCCAUACCCUGCGGAGGCUUCAUGCCUGUGUUUGUGCUUGGAGCUGCAUUUGGAAGGCUGGUGGGAGAGAUCAUGGCCAUGAUAUUUCCCGAUGGUAUCUUAUUUGAUGGCAUCCUCUACAAGAUCCUACCUGGGGGCUACGCAGUAAUUGGAGCAGCAGCGCUGACGGGGGCGGUGUCCCACACAGUGUCCACGGCUGUCAUCUGCUUUGAAUUAACGGGUCAGAUCGCCCACAUCCUGCCCAUGAUGGUGGCUGUGAUCUUGGCCAACAUGGUGGCUCAGAGCCUGCAGCCCUCCCUCUAUGACAGCAUCAUCCAGGUCAAGAAGCUACCCUACUUGCCUGACCUUGGUUGGAACCAGCUCAGCAAAUUUACAAUCUUUGUUGAAGACAUUAUGGUACGUGAUGUGAAGUUUGUUUCCGCCUCUUGCACAUACGGGGAGUUGCAAACCCUGCUGCAGACCAGCACAGCCAAGACUUUACCACUGGUUGAUUCAAAAGAUUCAAUGAUCCUGUUGGGCUCCGUGGAGCGGUCAGAGCUUCAGGCCCUCCUGCAGCGCCACCUGUGCCCAGAGCGGAGGCUGCGGGAAGCCCAGGACCUGGCCAGGAAGCUGUCCGAGCUGCCCUUUGACGGGAAGGCACGGCAGGCUGGGGAGGGGCACCGGGGCACCUCACCCCCCGGCCGGCCAGAGUCCUUCGCCUUUGUGGAUGAGGAUGAAGAUGAAGAAAUCUCUGGGAAACCUGAGCUGCCUGCCCUUCCUCCUCCUCAGCCCUUUCCUCUGGCUCCGCUGGCCCCUGAAGAGCCCAAUGGGCCCCUGCCCGGCCUCAAGCAGCAGGCGGAGGCACCGGAACCUGCAGGUCAAAGGCGCUCCAUCUUUCAGUCUCUGCUGUGCUGUUUGCUGGGCAAAACUCGACCCACAAAGAAGAAAACCAGCCAGGAUUCAACAGACUUAGUGGACAACAUGUCGCCUGAAGAGGUUGAGGCCUGGGAACAGGAGCAGCUGAGCCAGCCUGUCUGCUUCGACUGCUGUUGCAUCGACCAGUCCCCUUUCCAGCUGGUGGAGCAGACGUCCCUGCACAAGACGCACACGCUGUUCUCACUCCUCGGCCUCCAUCUUGCCUAUGUGACCAGCAUGGGGAAGCUGCGGGGCGUCCUGGCACUGGAGGAGCUGCAGAAAGCCAUCGAAGGGCACACCAAGUCAGGGGUGCAGCUCCGCCCUCCCCUGGCCAGCUUCCGGAGCACGACGUCAACUCCAAAGACUCCUGGGGGCCCGCUCCCUCCCACAGAGGCGUGGAGCCUGCCUGAGGAUGGAACUGGGGCGGCGGAGCCAGAGGACGUGGUCCCUAUCCCUCCGGAGUGCCCAGUGCCCUUGGCUCCUCCCAGAGCAGAAAGUGAGUUGGAGGAGCUGGAGCUGGUGGACAGCCCGGGGCCAGAGGAGGAGCUGGCCGACAUCUUGCAGGGCCCCAGUCUGCGGUCCACUGAUGAGGAGGAUGAGGACGAACUGAUCCUUUGACUGCCCCCAGGACCGCCCCAUCAGACUGUCAAGAGGCUGAGGCCCAAGGGUGGGUUUCGGUGGGAGAGGGUAUGUCCCUAAGUUGGAGCCAUCACGCCAAUACCCUGGCCCCUGCUUGGAAUUUUAAAAUGUGACGGUGGCAGUCUUAGAGGAGGAGGGCAGAUUUGGGCAGGGACUAGCUCUGAUCAGUGAUGUCGGCCAUUUCCCCCAUUCCCAGACAUCUCAGUGAAGGGCCUGCAUAUUCCUGAGCUGCCUGAGUUUUUCCCCAGUGUAGGUGGGGAACUCCCUGCCUCUGCCCCCCCCUCAGUCCCCUCGACUCCUGGUGUUCUUGUCCCAGCACCUUCCUGGCCCUGCACAUCUGUCCUUCAGUUUGCACGGGAGUGGGUGAAGGGAGACCCUGGAUGGCUGUGGCCCUGGAAGUGUCACACUGGAGGAGGAGAGGGGACCACCUCAUGGCCUUGCGGACUGGCAGCCCCAGAAUACACCGCAGAUCAUCCACGCCCUUCUCCCCGAGUCCCCCACUGCAUGGUCUCCUGCUCCCUGAAAUUUGCCUCUAGACCCCAACUGGCUCCCACUACCUGUCCCUAAGCAAGGGCCAUUACCAGGACAGCAAAAAGCCAGUUCCGGCACCCUCUCCUAUGUCCUGAAUUUAAGCAGUGAAACGUGGAGAAAGAUGCUAUCAAGGAGCAGCCUGAAAGAGAAAACGUCACCGAAGGCUCUGUGUG